AUGACGCUCAACUUGAACGAAAACGAUCAGAGGGUGAUUUUGCUAGCACAUCAAGCUACACCAGUGACUAAUUGGCUUAAGCCCGACUUCGAGAAGCUGAUGUUGCUCGGCGGUUACAAGAAUCGAGGAUCAGCUAACACCUCAUUCUGGCAAGUCAUGAAGAAGAUAAAGGAUGCGAUCCAGGAGGUUGAGUCUGGUCAAGCGAAUGGGAUCACUGCUCCCAACAGAGGCAGAAAGGUGUCUGCGCAAGCCAGUAAGACAAAUCAGCCAACGACGAAGAAGCGUGCUGCAAACGGCUCCAAGAUCGAGAACGAACCGCGAGAUGACCUCUUGAACUUUUCUGAUGUCGAGUCAAGCAUCAAGUCAAAAGUUAAGACGGAAGACAAGGAUGUCUCCCAGCAGUCGGGCAAGAAACGCAAGCCCACAAGCAACAGUGCGAAAGGUGGCAGUCGCAAAGCACGAGGACAAUCUGCGAGCAACACGUCAGCUGCGACGAGCGCUCAACGAACCUCUGUCAAUCAGGGCAACCGAAAACGUAGGGGUUCAGACGGCGGUAGUGCAGGCCUCGAGCCCGAGCGCGUGGAAGCUCACAAGAGAGCUAGGAUCGAACACGAUCUCAUCAACGAACGCCAGGCUUACGGCUUGAACAAGCGUCACGACUCUCCCAACAAUGCGCUCGAACAACCUACACCCCAGAACCCCAGCCCCAACACGCAACGUACUCUUGAUGACCUCCUCAAGGAUUACGACUCCCCCGAGACCGAACAAGAGCGUUUCAAUCGCGAACAGGCGAGCAUCGACGGUUAUGGCAUGACUGAUGAGGAAACUGAUCUGCCGGCAAUGGCCCAACUUACUGCUGGCAUGGUCACCUCCGAUGGAAUUCCAACGCAGGCGGGCGAGGCCGUUCGCAAUGAUUCGAGUCACGAUGCUGAAAUGCUCUCAUUCUGA